AUGACCUCGGCUACAGCCGGACCCCUGGGCGCGGAUGCCCCGCCCCCGAGGCCAAGCCCCGCCCCCGAGCUCCAUUUCCGGCACCACCCCCCCCAUUUUCUGCCCCCAGAGCCUGUUCUCGCAAAGGAUGUUGCUUCCUGCGACAACUCCUCUGCCGUCGGGCCCUCCGGGAGCACCCAGGACCUCGCCGGGGCCGGGGAGAACACCCGGGCGUCUGACGGCACCAGCAGCCGCCUCGUGAACGCGACCGACUGCGAGAGGCACAGCCAGCCGUGGCAGGGUGCGCCGGUGCCGGGAGCCAACGAGCUCUACUGCGGGGCCGCGUUGGUGGACUCGCAGUGGCUGCUCACGGCCGCCCAGUGCCGAAAGCACAGCUGUUUCAGUGGAUCAAAUCCAUCCCCCACCCUGGCUCUUCCCACCCGGGCCACUCCAACGACCUCCUGCUCAUCAAACUGAACAAAAGAGUCCGUGAGACUCAGUAUGUCAGGCCCAUCAGCAUCUGCCCCCAUCGUCAGUCU